AGUCACGCUUCGCGCUCCUUCUAGAUCACACGACUUAUUGACAUCUUGGAGAUGUCUCGGUAUUUGUUGUCAAGACAAAUGUUUAAUAAGUUUUUAAAUUUGAAGCCAUUGUGCUCUUUCUACUCAUCUAGUCCUAAGGGACAUGUUGUUGGCAUAGAUCUUGGAACAACAAACUCAUGUGUUGCAGUUAUGGAGGGAAAGCAGCCUAAAGUUUUGGAAAAUUCAGAAGGCUGUCGCACUACUCCAUCAGUAGUGGCAUUUACAAGUGACGGAGAGAGACUUGUGGGUGCGCCUGCCAAAAGACAAGCUGUUACUAACUCAGCAAACACGUUUUCUGCAACCAAACGUCUUAUAGGGAGGCGCUAUGACGACCCAGAAGUACAAAAGGACAUGAAGAACUCUGCGUUCAAAAUCAUUAAGGCUUCCAACGGAGAUGCCUGGCUUGAAGCUCAUGGAAAAGCCUAUUCACCCAGCCAGAUAGGUGCAUUUGUGUUAAUCAAAAUGAAAGAAACUGCAGAAAGUUAUCUGGGGUCGAAGGUGAAAAAUGUGGUGAUCACUGUCCCUGCUUAUUUUAACGAUUCACAACGACAGGCAACAAAGGAUGCUGGGAAAAUCGCAGGCAUGGAAGUCUUGCGUGUCAUAAACGAACCUACUGCUGCGGCUUUGGCUUAUGGUCUGGAUCGAACAGACGACAAAACGAUAGCGGUUUAUGAUCUUGGGGGUGGUACAUUCGAUAUAUCAGUAUUAGAAAUUCAAAAGGGGGUGUUCGAAGUGAAAUCCACCAAUGGCGACACAUUUUUAGGAGGUGAAGAUUUUGACAAUGAAUUGCUACGCUUUCUGAUUAAGGAAUUUCAACGAGAGCAAGGUAUCGACGUCACUAAAGAUCCAAUGGCGCUCCAGCGUGUCAAAGAAGCUGCAGAGAAAGCUAAAAUUGAAUUAUCAUCUUCCUUGCAAACCGAUAUUAACCUACCUUAUUUAACUAUGGACAAAGCAGGCCCCAAACAUAUGCAUUUCAAAUUAACUAGAGCAAAAUUAGAACAUCUGGUGGAGCCUCUAAUCAAGCGUACAAUCGAACCAUGUAACAAAGCCUUGAAGGAUGCCGAAGUAAAAGCUUCAGAUAUCAGUGAAAUUAUACUAGUCGGUGGUAUGACCCGAAUGCCCAAGGUUCAAGAGACAGUUGAGAAGAUAUUUGGAAAGACACCUAGUAAAAGUGUUAAUCCAGACGAGGCUGUAGCUAUGGGUGCGGCAAUCCAAGGGGGAGUUCUUGCUGGUGAUGUCACAGACGUGCUACUGCUCGACGUUACUCCUUUGUCACUUGGAAUAGAAACUCUAGGCGGUGUUAUGACUAAGCUUAUAAAUCGAAAUACAACUAUUCCCACAAAAAAAUCUCAAGUGUUUUCUACGGCUGCCGAUGGCCAGACACAGGUUGAAAUCAAAGUAUAUCAGGGUGAGCGUGAAAUGGCAAAUGACAAUAAAUUACUGGGACAGUUCUCCCUGGUGGGAAUACCUCCAGCCCCACGUGGUGUUCCUCAGAUUGAGGUCACAUUUGAUAUCGAUGCCAACGGAAUUGUCAAUGUAGCUGCACGUGACAAAGGCACUGGUAAAGAACAACAGAUUGUCAUACGUUCCGGUGGAGGUUUAAGCAAGGAUGAGAUUGAGAAUAUGGUGCGCAAUGCUGAACAAUAUGCAGAAGUUGACAAAAAGCGUAGAGACCUGGUGGAGUCAGUAAACCAAGCAGAAGGUAUUGUUCAUGAUACAGAAUCAAAAAUCAAUGAAUACAAAGAUCAGUUGCCUUCAGAUGAGGUACGUUAAUUCACCACCUUCAAUUGUAACCUAUAACCAUAAAUUCGCGUACACUAAAAUACGUGUUUCCUAGAUUCCACGUAGGAUGAAAUAAAGUUGUUGAAAAAUAGUUUAGGUGGAUAUAUAUGUCAUGUAGUCAAAAAUUGCGAAUAGCUGUAGAUGAUCAUCACCACUUCCUCGUUUUUCUUGGAACAGCAGACAAAAAGGCUAAAAAUGUAAAAUUCAUGCUAAGUCUUUGUUUUGGCUUUGGCAUCUCAUCUGAUCCUUAUUGUGUUGUCAUUAUUAUGAAUUUAGUUACACGUUACAAUAAAUGAAGUAGUCCAAAACGACGUCACUUUGGACGGAUGCAUAUAUGUGCUUGGUCCUACGUUGUAGCUAACUGACCAAAAACGACACUAAAUUCUGUACAAUCUAACCAUCCAAGUCGAAGAAUUCAAUGUGGUGAAGUACUUUGAAAUGAAAUUUUUUUAACCCGUUCAGCUGAUAUUUAUUCGAGGCUUAAAGUGUCCACUGUCCUGACUAGCAGUAACUCGCUCAUCUAUGUUAUAAACAUUCAGUAUAAACGAAGUAGGUGUAAUACCAAUACCCAUGUCAGGUUCGGAUGAAGGCAGUAACAGUUAAUAAAAGAUAUUUUUUCUGUGUAAAAGCGUGAACUUAUUUUUUCGAGUUUCACCUACUAAGCUUAUUUAAAUAUUAUUUAUUUGAACACAUAAAUGUCGGUACUAAAGUGUACCGAAUACAUAUGCACCACACAAGCCACUUGAAUUGUAUGUGGGCUGUAAUACUACUCGGCUGCCCAGACCGAAGCAGGUGGUUUUCUUAAGGUGUCACACCUGGAGCCUUUGACCUAAAGGUCUGAUCCACAAGACAGUGGAGCAACGUUGAGAGAUGCAGUCCCGUGGUAGCCAGUCACCAGCAAUAGGUUCAUACGCCAUUUGUUCCUUCAGGAUACUGAGGCCUAUGUGAACCAUUGGUUUGAAAUCAGGGUUUUCCAACCUCCCUAGGUGGACUCUCUGUGUCCACUAACCCGGUUAAAGUGCCGGACAUCCGAUUUUCGUCCUCUGAAUUUCGUAAACAACACUCCCGCUACGAGCAGGCAGUGAGUAGGACUUCUCUGAGAGAGAUUGUAUACGCGUGGUCAUGUGAGAGUAUUUCGAGAGGGAGAGCUGACUCCCCAUCUUCGGCCGAACCAGAGCAUUUGGGGCUACCCAAACAGUUUCAAGUCACACAUGUGAGUCAAAACAGAGCAUGACACAGUAGCCUGUCAGCCUAAAUUAAUGAAGCAUAUAAAAUGAUUUAUACCAGGGUUUAAUCAAUUACUCAGUAUUAUUUCCGUCCCCUUAUUUUUCCUUUUGCUUUGAUACUAUAGUUUGGCAACUUGGUAUAGUACACAGCCGUUGUCAUGUUUUUACAGCGUACAAAAGUAGUCUUCAAUCCAGCUCUUGGGAAUACUUCUGUGAUCUUCGUUUAAAUAUGGAAUAUAAAAUAAAUAGAUUUCAUGAGUAGAAGGUAGUAUAUAGUCGGUUGACUUUGAUAUUUAAACAUAAAAGUUUGUUCAGACCUGACAUGUAGUUAAAUCUCCAGGUCCACUGAAUUAGUGUUUAUGUCUAGAGAGAAUAUCCUGUAUUACAGGUCGUUUUUAUAUACAGCAGCAGUAGUCAUAUUUUGCCAAUUUAGUGUGUCUAAGUAAUGCAUUUUUUUGAACUUCAGAGGGAGAAACUGAGUGUACUUAUCGAAAAGUUGAAAAGUCGGUUGAGUAACAAAGAUAAUGAAACUGCUGAAAGCAUUAGAGAAGCUACUAAUGAACUUCAGCAAGCAUCGCUGAAGUUGUUCGAAGUUGCCUAUAGAAAGAUGGCAGGUGAGCAGGGAACAAAGACUGACUCUCAAAAUGAGGAAUCAGCCAAACAAGAAAAACAAUAAUCAACGGUUCGUUUUCAGGAUUCCUUCGUCACAAAUGUAUUUGCUUCAACCUUUUAAUUCUCAGAGUCGAGUGUGCUUUAUCGAAAAUCAAUUAACAUUUGUUCUGGUGACAAUAACGGUUGUUUGAUUGUAUCUUUUUAAUUACUAGCUCCUUUAGGACUCGUCACUUGCAGUAUUAAAAUUGUGUACAUAUUUUGAAAUGUCAUCAAUAAAAUUUAUUUCGGUUCAUCACCAAUU